AUUCCUGUACUUGUGAAAGCAGUGGCAAUUGGUAAAGGAAAAGAGGAUCUCACAGGUUUUGCUAUGGAGCCUGGAAAGGGCAAUCAUGACAGUUUAGUUUGCCCCAAUUUACCAAGUGGUCAGGAUUGCUCCUCAUUCACAUCCAAGGACAUAGUAAAGUUACUAACUGGAGGGUUUCGGUUGAGCAAAGCUCGAUGCAAUGAUAUCUUCUGGGAAGCUGUUUGGCCUCGGUUGCUAGCAAAAGGGUGGCACUCCGAGCAACCAGGAGAUCAGGGCUAUAUCAGCUCCAAACACUACCUGGUUUUUCUUGUGCCGGGAAUAAAGAAAUUCUCAAGAAGGAAACUUGUGAAGGGAGAACACUACUUCGACUCUGUUAGUGAUGUCUUGAACAAAGUGGCAUCUGAACCGAAACUUCUUGAGCUGGAAACUGAAGAAUCUUCUGUUGGAGCCCGAAAUGAACAAGAUUCCUGGUCACCAGAGGUGGGGUCAGAUCAGGAUGAUCCAUCUGAUUCUCGACGCCAUUGCUACCUUAAACCUCGAGUUUCUACUUCAAGUUCGAGCCAUAUGAAGUUUACUGUUGUAGAUACCAGCUUGUUUUGUGGAGGAAAAUCAUCCAGCAUAAGAGAACUUAGACAUUUACCAGCUGAAUUCAAACUAACUUCCAAACAGACCAAUCAUUCAACGGGAGAUGAAGGGGAUUCUUCUGAGGAUAAUUUGGAUGAAUUCGAGACCGCUGAAAAGCCUUUCCACAGUGAAAAGGCCAAGCACCAUAACGGUAUGUCUGACAAAACUGGUCCAAUUUUUAUGAAAUUAACUGUUGUUGAUACCAGUCGAGUCCAUGAAGGAAAACCGUCAAAGGUGAGAGAAUUGAGAUGUUCGCCAGUGGUAGUUAAAAGAGCUUUCGAUAUGACUGCUAUUUUGAGAAAAACUGAAAACUUUGAGGAUUCAUCAGGGAGGCAUGAAAAAGAUGCAGCUGAUAUUCCAUCAAAAGGUAAAAGAAAAAUUUUGAAAUCAAAUUCCCACAAGGAUAUACGUGACAGUGCUUGUAAAAACCAAAUGGCAACAAAAAAGAAUUCGGAUACUGCAGAUAAAGUGGAGACCCAACAGGAUCAGAAUACUUGCAUUUUUGAUGAAAAGCAUUUGAAGACUGUACUGCAUCAAUUUAAACGGAGAGCAAAAUCUGGGCAUUCAGAUUUUGUAGUUCCUGUCGUCAAGAGACGAAGAUUAACUGCUUGUGCGAAGGAAAAGAUGUCCGACCUCUCUCAGAAUUGUUCCCAAGGUUUGGAGUCAAAACAAGUGAAACUCCAUGGGACAAUCAGCUCAUCUGAAAUGGGCAAGAACGUUUCUGAAGUACGUCCUCAUGAGGAGUCAUCAAUUGUUUUUCCAGCUGAAAGCAAUGCAGAAGAAGAUAUGCAUUCAAAAAUUAUGAGGCGGAAUUCUGCUGCCGUGCACACGUCUGAAGGACAAGAGGACAAACAUCAAUCUGAAGCACCGAAUGACCAAAAACCACCACCCGAGGAUCUGCUAAACUCCAGAAACACUGAAAUGCUAAUUGAGGAGGUACAAGGCAGCAAGAAAGCAAAUACAUAUGGUCAUCGCUCUUCUUCUAAAGAAAAGGAGCUUGUUUCAGAGACACUGAAAGCUUCUACUACUGCCAAUACUUCAAAGCAGAACCCCAUCGUGAAUAGAAGGCAAAGCACAAGGAACCGACCAUUGACCGCCAGAGCCUUGGAGGCUCUCGCCAACGGGUUCUUAAAUGUACAGAGGAGGUCAAAAAGUGCAGACAUCCUCGGGGGAGAAAAUCUUUUCUCGAGUCCCUUCAGGAAGGCCCGUAGCAAAGCCAAAGUAGCUCCAAGUAGUCAUGGUAAUGCUGUCACUGGAGCUGUGGCUUCAAGGGAAGACAAAGAAGUGAAUGGAGCUUGUGAUGUAAAAGAAAAAUCUGAUUAGCAAACCAACUGAUCAAGUUGAAGGAAAGUGGCCCGCUAACCAUUAGGAAUUACGGGUGCCUCUUGUUCAUCUUGAAGCCUUGAUUUUCACAGGCAAUUGUUUUGAUGAAGUGUUGAACUCUUUUUUGUACUUGCAAUUUUGAGUUUGCUGUGGAAGAACUGCAAAGGUGGUUAGCGUCUAUCCUUCUGAUUAGUCCAAGAUUCAAAAUUGUAAUUGAUAAAUAUAGUCAUGAAGCAGCCAAUUUGUAU